AUGUGGAUUAGCUGUAUUCCUUUGCGCAAACCUAUCAUAUAUGGUAAAGCAAUGGAAUCACACGAAACGAAGACUAUUUCCAUUCGUCUCUCUUCUCUUCUCCCGAAGAAACGCCCAAUUACAGGUCGCACUUGUGUUCUGCUCUCUGUUUACCCUAGGAAGAAUUAUUGCCCAAGUCGCGGUCACACUACAGGCCGGGCGCUUGAUGCGAAACCCAACAGAGAGCCUAAAGAGGUGGGAACUAUGGAAAAUGUCUUAAAUUUCUGUAUUAUGCUGCAAAGCAUGUUAAAAACCUAUAUACAAACAUCCUGGGUCGCCGAACUUCAAUCUACCAUGCUAUUGUAUAUCCUGAACCGCGGCCAAAGAUGGCACCUUCUACAUGACAAGGCCGCGAAAGGGAACAUGAUACAGCAAGCCGGCUUUAUUGGACAUCUAUCAGUCACCAUUUUCUUCGAAACAAUGCCAGCAUUGAUAAACCUGAUUUUCAAUUAUAUUGUCCUAUACUACACGCUUGGCUCCUCAGCGUCUCUGUUCCUAUUCGGAGGUAUAAUUUAUAUGGUAUUGGACACCUCCAUGAGCGACUUGCAGUUUGAUUCUAAGCGUCAGCGCAAAGCACUAGAGAAGGAUAGGGCUCAAGAUCAAGCCCUCGAAAAUUCUUCUCUUAUCAAAACGUUCGGUGCUACAUCAUAUUUUCAUGGCCGCUUCUCUCAGGCCUUGCACAGAAGCUUUCAAUGCGAAAACACUUCUAUGUUUUGGUUCACAUUCAAAAGAUUUAUCGUACAAGGGUUGGAGCGAAGUCUCUUCUUCAUCAUUCAGCAACGCGCCCCAUUAGAAAAUCUUCCACUUCAAAUCAAUUACUGGCCAAUAUUUAUCAAAUUCCUUAUGGAGAUUUGCAGAUGUUUGACUUAUAUUGUUAAUGGGGCUCGCAGAAUUCGACGUCUUUUGGAGGAUCAUCAGGAAGAGAUAACCAACGGUCUCCGUAACGGCUGGUCAAAGGACGACACCCAAGGUUUUAUUUUCUGUGAUAAUGUCAGCGUCUCUCGUGAUCAGAAAACGAUUCUGAGAAACAUCACUUUCAGGGCCCAUCCAAGUGAGACCAUUGCGAUCGUAGGAGAAUCCGGUUCUGGAAAGUCUACCAUACUUGACCUUAUUGUAUGGCAAUCUAGUGUUCAAUCUGGAGGUGUCAAAAUCGAUGGCUUCAACAUCAGUGGCCUAGAAUCACCCGAACUCUUGACAGGAAUCAUCGCCUAUGUCCCUGCGAAUAAAUUCCUCGUGGAGAACAGGUCAAUUAUGUUUAAUUUGACUCUUGGAAAGGACUAUGAUAUUCAGGAUAUACAUCGUGCUUGUCGGUCUGCAAUGAUAUAUGGAGUAAUAAAUAAUCUGGAAAAGGGGUUUGAAACUGUUGUACCCGAGGACGCAAAUUUAUCUGCUGGAGAGAGACAGCGAAUUGCGCUUGCGCGGGCCUUGCUCACAGAACCGUAUGUUCUUGUGCUGGAUGAAUUCACCAGCCUCAUUGACGCAGAAACUGAGAAGAAAGUUUGCGGGGAGGUGAAAAGGCUUCAAUGCACAACUCUGAUUUCUACCAAUCGAAUCGCGACCGCAAAAGUAGCAGAUCGAAUCUUGGUUGUGGAACGUGGGAAAUUGUUGAAGAGGGAACCCACAAUGAGCUUGAGGAAAUGA